AUGUCCCACCUGUACCUCAAACUGAACACGCCCAAAGGCGAGGAUCUGAUGAACAGGGUUUCUGGUUUGGGCAACUGGAAUAAGUCGCGAUUUCUUCCUCAAACUUGUCGCACAUGGAGGGAGCUGGUCCCCAGAGAGGAGGAGCGUGGGAGCCCCAGGGAGGAGCCCGUGGAGGCCCUGCUGGACCUGGUCCGCAGCCCCCACUCUCCCUGGGCCCUGCUGGAAGCUUCAAGUGCCGAGGACCGUUUUCUAAGAGAACUGGCCAUCCAGAACCCACUGAUGCUCAGAGACGCCUUCUUCUACUCCUACUUCCGGUCGCUGCGGGUGGUGGACAAGGAGGUGAGCGUGGUGGAUAGAGACCUUCUGAAAUUUCUAAAGCUUGAAGAGUUGGUACUGAGUGCGAAUCAAAUCAAGGAGAUUGAUGCUGUCAAUCUGCCCCCAACACUCAAGGUGUUGGAGCUCUACGGCAACCAGAUCGCCAGCAUGGAGUGCCUGUGCGCCCACCCGCCCCCUGGCCUGCAGCACUUGGGGUUAGGCCACAACAAACUUCUGGGCCCCUUGGAAAGUCUGUACAUCACCACACAUCACUGGCCCAACCUCAUCUCUCUGGACCUGGGCUUCAAUAACCUGACCAACCUGCAGAGCAUGAUCGCCAGCCUCAGGACGCUGAGGCACCUGAGGCUGCUGGUGCUGCAGGGGAACCCACUGGCGCUGGUGCCCUACUACCGUGGCUUCACCAUCGACAGCCUGGCCUGGCUCUGCGUGCUGGACGACAUCACUGUGUCACCUAAUGAGAAGCAUCAGUUCCAGGGGCUCAGCCCCCAUGGCGAUCUCUUGGCACGCGAGGCGCAGUUUGUGGUGACUAUUGGGAAUGUCAGAGGAGUUCUGGACACCUCUGUCUUGGAUCCGGAACCAGGGCCUGAAGGCCCUUUUAUCACCUACAGCUAUUACGUGACCUACGACUUUGUGGAAGACGAGGAAGGCGAGGGGGACAAGGAGGAAGGCGAGGGGGCCGAGUACGCGGGCGUGCUGGCCGAGAUCGUGAAGCCCUCUCCUAGCACAGAAGUCCCAGGCGAGGAAUUACCUGACGAGGUCACCGAAGAAGAGGCCGAAGAGUCUCUAGAGUCCGAGGCAAUGGCGUCAAGAGAGUCGGAGUCGUCGCUGGUCUCGGCCCGCUCAGCGGUCUUGCCGCCGAGGUCCACAGACUCUGCAGAAGAGUUGGCAAAGCUGCGGCCACGGAUAGAUCCCCGGCUCUGCCCGUCCCCAGGGACAGUCCUCUUCAGCACUGCCUGCAAGCCCUGGGCUGACGUCAUUCCCUGCAGCUACGAGAUGCAGCACACCCUUAAGGACCUGGUGCCACUCAAGGCCUUUCUGCUGGCAGGGACCACUGUGACCAUCGUGGAGGAAAAGAUUCUCUCCUGGCCUGUGGUGCUGCCUCCUGUUGACAGUCCCAUGUCUGCCAAGAAAGGAAAGAGGGAGAAAGAUAAGAAGGGAGGAAAAGUUGGGCAAGACAAGAAGGGGAAGGGGGGGAGAGAGCCUGCCAAGGAACAAAAAGUGCCCAAGAAGAGGAAGGAGCUUCCCAAGGAGCUCCGCCAGGACCCGCCCAUCCUGCGGGUGCUGGGCAGCGGCUUAGUGAUCCUGGAGCCCCUGCUGGCUGGGGAGUCCCUGGUGUCCACCGUGUGCGACUUUGGGGUGGUCCGCACCUUGGAAUCCGACAAGUUGACGUUUGCCAGGGAUUCGAAGAAGAUUAAGAAAUCUGCCCAAAGAGGAGGAAAGCCCAAAUCCGUGCUCCCGAUAUUCGAAAGCGAUUACAGCCCCGAGCCCCUGACGGUGGAGGUGCAGAUCCAGCUGAGCCAGUGCCGCACGGCCGAGGAGGCGCUGCGCUUGUUCGCCGUCUAG